GUGUGGCGGGCGGAAGCGCCCGGUGGGGUGGGCGCGCCCGGCCUGAGGCCGCGAGUUGGAUGCAGCGGUUUGAGUCUGGCGGCGCCGAAACCCCGGUUCCCCGCGUGGAGUCUUCACUCGGAACAGCUUCCACCUCAGGCCAAGAUGAGCUGUUCAGAGUAGCGGCCGCCUCUGGGAGGACCAGCAUCCUGGGCAGCCCGGCAGGUCUGGACAGAGCCCUGCUGGCAGGAACCAUGGCAGAGGCUGGGGAUGCAGCACUGUCGGUGGCCGAGUGGCUGCAGGCUCUGCACCUGGAGCAGUACACUGGACUCUUUGAGCAGCACGGACUGGUGCGGGCCACAGAGUGCCAAGGCCUCAGCGAUGCCCGCCUGGUGGACAUGGGCGUGCUACUCCCUGGCCACCGCCGCCGCAUCCUGGCUGGACUGCUCCGUGCCCAUGCACCCCCGGCCCCCAUGCCCCGCCCCACCCCAAGGCCUGUGCCCAUGAAGCGUCACGUCUUCCGCUCACCACCUGCGUCUACCACUCCACCGGAGCCACUGCCCACAGCUGGAGAGGAUGAGGGGCUGCCCACUGCCCCACCCAUCCCGCCCCGGAGGAGCUGCGCUCCACCUGUCUGCUUCUCCCCCCAGUCCACGGCUGCCCCAGACCCUGUGCUGCCCCCACUGCCUGCUAAGCGGCAUUUGACAGAGCUAAGUGUUCCACCCGUGCCCCCUCGCACUGGGCCCCCCCGUCUGCUGGUGAGCCUUCCCUCCAAAGAGGAGGAGUUACUGUCACCACCACUAUCAACCUCUCCUCAGCCAGAGCCUGAGGAGCCCCUGUCUCCCUACCCCCCAGAGAUCCCCCGAAAGCCUCUUCGCCUGUUCCUGGAGUUUGAUGACGCUGAUUACGAUGAGGCCCCAGAGGAGGGGCUGGGGGCCCCCGCCGGCGUGAUGACCAAGGAGGAGCUUCCGGUGAGCCAUGCGCCACGUGCUGUGCGUGUAGCCAGUCUGCUGAGCGAGAGCGAAGAACUGUCAGGGGACGACCAAGGGGAUGAAGAUGAGGAUGACCACGCCUAUGAGGGUGUCCCCAAUGGCGGAUGGCACACCAGUAGCCUGAGCUCAUCCUUGCCAAGCAACUUCCUGAUCCCCCAGCUCCCACCCCAUCCCAUGGAUGAACUGCCUGGGGGUCCCACCCCCAUCACGCCGGUCCUCAAAGCUGGCUGGCUGGACAAGAACCCACCACAGGGAUCUUAUAUAUAUCAAAAGCGAUGGGUGAGACUAGAUGCCGAUUACCUGCGAUACUUUGAUAGUAACAAGGAUGCCUAUUCUAAGCGCUUUAUCUCUGUGGCCUGCUUCUCCCGCGUGGCUGCCAUUGGGGACCAGAAAUUUGAAGUGAUCACGAACAACCGGACCUUUGCCUUCCGGGCAGAGAGUGACGCGGAGAGGAAGGAGUGGAUACAGGCCCUACAGCAGGCGAUGGCUGAGCAGCGUGCCCGUACCCGGCUGUCCAGUGCUUCUGUGUUGGGUGUUCGAGGCUCAGAGCCGCCUGACCAUGCUGGCAGCCUAGAGCUACGUGGCUUCAAGAAUAAACUGUAUGUGGCUGUUGUUGGAGACAAAGUGCAGCUGUACAAGAAUCUGGAGGAGUACCACCUGGGUAUCGGCAUCACCUUCAUUGACAUGAGCGUGGGCAACGUGAAGGAAGCCGACCGGCGCAGCUUCGAUCUCACCACGCCCUACCGCAUCUUCAGUUUCUCAGCUGAAUCGGAGCUAGAGAAGGAGCAGUGGCUGGAGGCCAUGCAGGGAGCCAUUGCCGAGGCCCUGUCUACCUCGGAGGUGGCCGAGCGCAUCUGGACUGUGGCCCCCAACAGGUUCUGUGCGGACUGCGGGGCUGCCCAGCCUGACUGGGCCUCCAUCAACCUCUGUGUCGUCAUCUGCAAGCGUUGUGCAGGGGAACACCGUGGCAUGGGUGCUGGCGUGUCCAAGGUGCGGAGCCUGAAGAUGGACAAGAAGGUGUGGACAGAAACACUCAUCAAGCUCUUCUUACAGCUGGGCAAUGGUGCUGGGAACCGCUUCUGGGCAGCCAGUGUGCCCCCCAGCGAGGCCCUGCAGCCGAACAGCAGCCCUGGCGCCCGGCGGCACCACCUGGAGGCCAAAUACCUCGAGGGCAAGUACCGCCGCUACCACCCACUCUUUGGCAACCAAGAGGAGCUAGACAAGGCCCUGUGUGCCGCAGUCACCACCACAGACCUGGCUGAAACCCAGGCGCUCCUGGGCUGUGGUGCUGGGGUCAACUGCUUCUCAGGGGACCCUGAGGCCCCCACACCCCUGGCUCUUGCUGAACAGGCGGGGCAGACACUGCAGAUGGAAUUCCUUCGGAACAAUCGGACCACGGAGGUACCUCGGCUAGAUUUGACGAAGCCCCUGGAAAAGCACUACUCAAUUGUCCUACCAACUGUGAGCCAUAGCGGCUUCCUCUACAAGACUGCGUCUGCCGGCAAGCUGCUGCAGGACCGCCGUGCCCGGGAAGAGUUCAGCCGACGCUGGUGUGUCCUUAGUGACGGGGUCCUGAGCUACUAUGAGAACGAGCGAGCAGUGACCCCCAACGGGGAGAUCCGGGCCAGCGAGAUUGUGUGCCUGGCAGUGUCCCCUCCCAACACCCAUGGCUUUGAGCACACCUUUGAGGUAUACACGGAGGGAGAGCGACUCUACCUCUUUGGGCUGGAGAGUGCGGAACUGGCUCGUGAGUGGGUCAAGUGCAUUGCUAAGGCAUUUGUGCCUCCCCUGGCUGAGGAUCUGCUAGCCCGGGAUUUUGAGCGGCUUGGGCGCCUACCCUACAAAGCUGGCCUGAGCCUACAGAGGGCCCAAGAGGGCUGGCUGUCCCUUGCUGGCUCUGAGCUCCGUGCCAUCUUCCCAGAAGGGCCUUCUGAAGAACCGUUGCAACUGCGGAAACUGCAGGAGCUUUCCAUCCAAGGGGACGGCGAGAACCAGGUGCUAGUGCUGGUGGAGCGAAGGAGGACGCUGUAUAUCCAGGGAGAGCGGCGGCUGGACUUCGCUGGCUGGUUGGGGGCCAUCCAGAAAGCAGCGACAAGCUUGGGGGACACGCUGGCGGAGCAGCAGCUGGGAGACUCGGACAUCCCUGUGAUUGUGUACCGCUGUGUGGACUACAUCACGCAGUGCGGCCUGACUUCUGAGGGCAUCUACCGCAAGUGUGGGCAGACAUCUAAGACCCAGAGGCUGCUGGAGAGCCUGAGGCAGGAUGCACGCUCGGUGCGCCUCAAGGAGGGCGAGCAGCAUGUGGACGACGUCUCCUCCGCGCUCAAACGCUUCCUGCGAGACCUGCCCGAUGGGCUUUUCACUCGGGCCCAGCGCCUAACCUGGCUGGAGGCCUCAGAGAUUGAGGAUGAGGAGGAGAAGGUCUCCAGGUACCGAGAGCUCCUGGCACGUCUGCCUCCAGUCAACCGGGCCACGGUGAAGGCCCUUAUCAGCCACCUGUACUGCGUCCAGUGCUUCUCAGACACGAACCAGAUGAACACGCACAACCUGGCGAUCGUGUUUGGGCCCACGCUCUUCCAGACAGAUGGGCAAGACUACAAGGCCGGCCGCGUGGUGGAAGACCUCAUCAGCCAUUACGUGGUGGUGUUUAGUGUGGAUGAGGAGGAGCUGAGGAAGCAGCGAGAGGAGAUCACUGCCAUUGUCAAGAUGCGUGUGGCUGGCACUGCCAGCGGGACCCAGCAUGCCGGUGACUUCAUCUGCACAGUGUACCUAGAGGAGAAGAAGGCGGAAACCGAGCAGCAUAUUAAGAUCCCAGCAUCCAUGACAGCUGAGGAGCUCACGCUGGAGAUCCUGGAUCGCAGGAAUGUGAGCAUCAGGGAGAAGGACUAUUGGACCUGCUUCGAGGUCAAUGAGAGGGAGGAGACAGAGCGCCCCCUGCACUUUGCAGAGAAGGUGCUGCCCAUCCUGCACGGGCUGGGCACAGAUAGCUACCUGGUGGUGAAGAAGCACCAGUCCAUGGAGGCCAUGCUGCUGUACCUGGCCAGCCAUGUGGGCGACACCAAGCACGGCAUGAUGAAGUUCCGUGAGGACCGUAGCCUCCUGGGCCUGGGCCUACCCUCCGGUGGCUUCCACGAUCGCUACUUCAUCCUCAAUAGCAGCUGCCUGCGGCUCUACAAGGAGAUCCGGAGCCAGAGGCCAUGGAGCGGGGUCCCUGAGACCAGUCACCGGCCCGAGAAGGAGUGGCCUGUCAAGAGCCUCAAAGUCUACCUGGGAGUGAAGAAGAAACUCCGGCCACCCACCUGCUGGGGCUUCACUGUGGUGCACGAGACAGAGAAACAUGAGAAGCAGCAGUGGUACCUCUGCUGUGAGACACAGAUGGAGCUCCGGGAGUGGUUCGCUACCUUCCUCUUUGUGCAGCACGAUGGCCUGGUGUGGCCCUCAGAGCCCUCACGUGUGUCCCGGGCGGUGCCUGAGGUCCGGCUUGGCAGUGUAUCGCUGAUCCCCCUGCGAGGCAACGAGAACGAAAUGCGCCGGAGUGUGGCCGCCUUUGCUGCGGACCCCCUUUCUCUGCUCCGAAACGUGUGAGCACAGGAGCCAGCCCCUGGCUCUUGGGACUCUGCCGCCUUGAAGUCUUCCUGUUCAGACACCCUCAUGCCCUGCGUGCCUGCUGUGAGCCCGCAGGGGGCGCAUGAGGAAGCCACACCUCCACGUCCUGACUGCUGCAUGGAGUUCCUUGGCCUGGGGGUGGGGGCAGCAGGGGCAGCCUGAGGAGGAACCCCUCACCUGCUUUGUCCAGGUGCUCAGCUCUCCUGGCCUGCUCCCUCCCAGGGCCGCCCACCCUGACUUUGAGGGUUUGGAGAGAUGGGCAUCAAUCAGGAACUGGAGAAACACCAUCCUUUCAGAGGCUCGAGGCCUUGGGGCCCCCGCUGGAAGGGAGCCCACCCCCUUGCCACAAACUCCAGGACAGCAAAAAGGGGGAUAUUCUAAAGGAACACUCAGCUGGGAUGGGGAGGGAGCUCUUGAGUAAGUUUCUACAGGGCCCAGAGCUGGACUUGGGGGACUUCAGCCCCACUUUGGUCUGGGCUGAAUGGGAGGGCCCAAGCUGCCUGGUGCCCCUUCCCCACUUUGGGGACCUUUUGAUAAUAUAAAUAUAUCUGUAUAUUUUA